UUGUGAAAAUGAAAGGGAAAGUAAUUCAGAGCCGGAGAGUUCGGGUUUUUUCUGUGAUGUGUGGGUUCUGUUAGUUAUUGUGUAUAACGCAUUCGAUAUUGUAUGGGAGGACUGCGUAUUUGUAUGGAGUCUGCUGGUAUAUUAAUGAUUGUUGUGUGUGAAUGUUAGUGUUGUGUGUAUCAUUGUGUCACCCUGUAAAGUGCAUCGCUGGGCUACAUCCUGGAAGAGAUCAUGGACAGCAUGAGGAACUAUGACUUCAUAUGGUUUAGAGUGAUGCUGACUCUGUACGGCUUGCAGGGGUUGUCUGCCGACUUGGCCGGGGGUCCGCGCGUUGUGGAUGUUGUCCUGCCGUGCUCACAUGUACUGAAGGGCGAAAAUGGGGGAGGAGGUGUUUCAUUCCCACGGGAGGACAUUACGCUAGUCCUAAGUAACAUUGAAGUUACAGGAGAAGGAGGUCUGGAUCCUGGAACAGACUAUGUUCCACCUCAAGAUAAGGAGACCACUACCUUUCAAGCCACAGUGAACUGGAGCCCACUACCGUUUGCUGAGCGCUUGAUUCACGCAGAAUGUGAAGGGGAGGACUUGUUGUGUGAAUUGUCCCAUCUCUACACCCAGUUUUAUGUCGUCUUCCUCCAUCUGCCGGACCUCAGCAUCUCCUUACUGCUGGAAGAAGAUCAGCCGGCAGGAGAUGCAGCGACUGAGAGCGUCCCGAGCCAACCAAGAAUUAUACCCACAACAGUGAAACUCUUGCUUUCAUCGUCUUCCCCCUCACUUUUGACCCCGAUUUCCGUGGAUGUCUCGCUGGGCUGUGAGGUCUGGGGGGACACCGAAGGGCUAUCGGUGGAAUGGCAUCUGCAGAAGGAAGGCAAAGGCCAAAAGGUUGUACCUGAAGACGGAAGCCGGAUAAGUAUAGAUCCCGGGACGUUGCAGCACAAACGAGAUAUGUCUUUGAUCAUAAAAGGUGUCCGUGUGGAGGACGAGGGGACCUAUAUCUGUACGGUGACUUCAAGACAGCAUUAUUUACAGCAGGUCCUCAAAUUACAGAUCAUGGAGCCCCCUUUGGUUUCCGUCAUCCUAACCAAGACCCCAGAGCCUCGGUUGAUCUGCCGCACUGACCGAUACUACCCUCUGGAUGUGGAGGUUGAGUGGCUGCUGAACGGGUCAGCAGUCACUCAUUCUACUCCAGUCACCUCCAGCCAUCGACGAAACAGCGAUGGGACCUACAACUUGACCAGUUAUCUGACCAUUCCCAGCCAACCAGAAGGAGCUUCCCAUGAUAUUUACACCUGUACAGUGUCACAUGUGUCCAUCGGCGAACCAGUUCAAGUCCAGUUCCCCCUACAAGAGGAAGAUACAUCAUAUGGAAUCGCUGUCCUUAUCAUCCCAUUGCUAAUCAUCAUCGCCGUUAAAAUGCUCUUCAAGUUUUAGCGGCAAUGGCGACGUAAGACUUUCAGAUGGAUC